CCGCGGCCAUAGAGCGCGAAGGGAAAGAGCGGCGCGAUGGUGGCGGCGGCUGCUGCUGGCGGGGGCCGACGGGCCGCGCAGCUGGUGAGCCUGCCUGCUCUGAGGUUGUUGGCGGGUGCAGAGUCCCUGCAGGAAAUACAGACCUUUUCUGCCCCUCUACGUCUGCUUUGGAAGAGGUAGAAAAACUACAUUUACGAAAGGCACCGAAUUUCGCCCGAUAGAGUGGAGAGCCAUCAACCCCAUGAAGAAACGUGCCCGAGUUCAUUUGGACCUCUAUGUCUGCUGUGGUGCAAGAACCGUACUCUGGGCUGCCCUCCACCCAUGCCGCAGAACAUCCGGCUCUGUCGGAUCCAGUUGGAGUCUUCAGGGCGAAGCCUGAAGCGUCGGCGUUUGUGCUCACGUGUAGCGGUUUGCCGUCCGAACACCAAAGAACUCAUGGGUUGAAAGGCAGGCGCCAAAAUUAUCCUGAAAGGCUGGACUGUGCAGGCAAACUGCCUUGUCCCGGGCUGAUGGAUCUCCUUCCGAAAGAACCUGUGGAAACCGGAGGUCUUGUUGAGGAUAACAAGACGCCAGGCUGGGUUUUAACGAAGCAGGACUCCCUUCGGGACUGUCCGAGGGAAGGUUUAGGAGGGGCAGAAGGCAUGGCAGGCGUUGCCGUGGAAAGCCUGGUGCCGUUUUCUCAGACCGCACGGGACGCUUGUUGUUCAGAAGAGAAGGAGCCUCGGCUGGCCCAGGAGGGGAAAGAUUUUCCCCCAAGUCCUUCGUCCACUGAAAGAGCAGCAGAGCUGCAAAAUCUCGAAGAAGACCCAGCCAAAGUGCAGGUGGCACCUGAAAGCCUCUCAAAGCCCAUGCUAGAAACACAAGGUAUGACGGCUGAUGGGACUGGGCUGUUUAGUAAAACAGGAGAGGACGGUACCCGAGGGAGUACAGGUAUCUCACCUGAGAGCAAUGAGCGCUCAGAUCUAGACACAGUCCAUGCCAAAGUUGCCGUUUCAGGAGUCAGCACCUUAGUCUCUUUAGAGCCUUUCACUCUUCUGGACAAUGCCUCACCAGCGGAAGGACAGCUGCCAGAAGAAAAGGAAUGGGAAGAUCUGACAGCCUCCGCCCCUUCAUCAGCAGCCAGAAAGGUCCUUUCAAGUUCACGAGGUGGAGAAGACAAGCUCCUCGGUCAGGAGGAGCCCGUUUGUGCCAUCUCAAGUGGCGGGCUUCCUGCCCAGCAAGAUGAAAUGAACUUUCACGAUGCCGCUUCCACAGCGCCAGUAGCGGAGAGCAAGGCUCCCUUUGAGGGUUCUGGAGCCUCAGCUCUUCUUUUUGAGAGCAACCUGGAAUUGGGGAUGAUGAUGCUGUGGGAAGAGGGUGCCGAUGUCCAAGUCGUCUGUGAAGUGCAGACGGAACGCUUGACGGACAGCGAUGAAAACUUCAGCUGCAGCAGCUGUGAAAAAAUCAAACUUUUAGAAGAAUGGGCCUCCGAACCAAAGAUAGACGAGAGUCUGUGGCAGACAGGGAGCAGCGAUGAAUUGUCCAGUGACGGCGAGGAUGAACAAGGAAUGGAGAGCUGUGCAGAUCAUGCUUAUAGUUGUCUUUGGAGGAGAAUCCCUGAACCCAAGAAAGUUGCUCCUGUACAGCAGAGCAGCAGAGAAGACGUUCAGGAAGGCCCUCCUUCGGAGGAUGAGGGAUCGGCAGCCCUUCCGAGAAGGAACAGCACGAAUCCAGAAAGUGGCCUCCCCCUCCUCCAGGAUGAUGUCCAUUCGUCUACUGAAGAAGAAGAGGGUCAAGGCUCCUCAGGCAGUCGCAGAAUCGAAAAGGAGGAGGGUUCCCCGUGUCCUCCUCCUCCCAGGGGUGGAGGCCUGGUUAUCGGAGUGAAAGAAGAGAGAACUCUUUUGGAGGAAGCCAAGAGCUGUGGCUGCUUUCAGAAUAGCUUCAGUGCAAGGUCGGAUUCAUACCCUUCCUCCUCCUCCUCCUCCUCCGGGGACUCUUCAGGUCCUGGCAGUGAGUUAAAUGAAGGUGACUUGCUGGAAACGGAAAGCAGCAGCAGCCGAGGAACCGAUCUUUUGGAGAGGGCUUCAGUGGCUCAGCGGCCUGUCGUGGACGUCAGCUUCACGAAGGAUGAAAAACACUCUGAAGCGACUUUGUUUAGUGGAGAACUUUCAUUGACCCAAGAAGAGGAUAUAGAUUUUGAAGGCCCUGAGUUCACGGACAGCCUGCUCAAAGGAGACCCUUCGGGUACCUGUGCCAAGCUGGUGACACAGAACACAAAUUACUUUCUCCAGAACAAGGAAGAUUUAUCUUCAGCAUGUCACGACGGGGGUUGUUGUCUUACAGCGAAUGGAAAUCUGGAGUACACCGGAGACGUGACGCCGGGAGAUGCAGGCAAAAGGGCAGCUGACGUGGGAAGAGCACGGAGCGGGGCCCACAACCCUGGCGAGCAGAGCAGGAGCAACCUCUGUUCGGCCGUUGAGAUUUGCCGCACCCGUUCAGGAGACGUCUCCAGUGAGGCCCAGACAGUCGGAGCUCAAGCAGGCAGGGAAGACGGUAGUGGACUCGAAAUCAGCCACAGCUCUGUACCUGCGGAGAAGGCCACCCUUCCCUGGGCAUGUGGCGCGGGUGUCCCUGGGGCCUUGCCUGCCUGUGAAGGCAGCUUGGAUGGCUCGAAUGGAGCAGAGCCUACCCCAAAUGCUGUCUGUCCCGCAGGCCCGUCCCCUCCUGGCCUUUCAGCAGCAGGAGCGGCAGAGUCCUGCGCAGAAGCCAAAGCCCAGAGGACGGACGGUGGCGAGAGCGUUACAGAAUCCGAAGGAAUCCCAGAUGGUAACAGCGGCCUUUUCGCUCCCAUUGCCAACUUACAGCAAGAACCCGGGACGGAUGAUUCUAUGGAGUUUGAAUCCGAUGGGCCGGACAUGGUAGAGACUGUGAGAACAGAGGGAGGCGGCCAGGGGCGUGCAUUGGCAGGAAAGCCUGCACAGGACAGAGAUGUGGACGAAACUGCCCUUUGUGAACUUGCCAGGCUUGUGAACGAUCGCAGCAAGGAAGAGUCGGAAGGGAACCCCAAUCCUCCCACCUUCCCCUCUGCAAGUCACCUCUCUAAUUUGGAGCCUCGCCUGGACCCUUGUUGUCCAGACCAGGCACAGUGGCAAGGCUGUUCUCUGCUCCUGGUGGAUUUACAUCAUCCAGAUCCUGAUCAGCCAAGGAAAACCGCUGGUCAGCAGGAAACACAGAACGGUCAUCCUCACAGCCCAACGUUGUUUCAUCAGAAAAAUAAAUCCUUGGAGACAGCGUCUCUCUCUGAAUGCUCUCCACUUCCUUUGAUGUUCUCUGAGAGGCAGAAUGGAGAUCCUGGUAUAUCAACUGUGACCCAUUCAGCUGAAGAAGCUCAAAAACAGGCCAGCUGCCAUCAGAAUGAACCCCCAGGUCCGCAGAAGACCCAAGACCUAACUCUGCCAGCUUCCAAGCUUUUACUGGAAAAGGAUGUUCAGGAAACAUUUCAGCCAAACACAAUAGGCUCCUCUGAUAAAACGGUGCCAGAGUUAAACGGAAAUCUAUGGAAAAAAGAUCCCAAAGAGCUGGAAAAUUCAAAGCUGUGUUUAGGGAGCUUGGAAAAUCUCUCCAGGACUCCGAAGUGGCCUCAGCCCGUUCAGGAUCAGCCUUAUCAAGUUAAAACGGAGGAAUUCUGUUCUGUUCCUGCAGCAGUUGGUGGGGACCCGUCCAAUGUGCCAGAUCAAAAGCCAUCUCUAAAGUGUAACAGCAAGCCAGCUUCACCUCCGGGUCAAACCUGCUUCCAGCCAGACCUACCAACUUUUAUCCUUCUUGAGGAUCAGAGAAGUACAGAGGGAGUGGAUGCAGAGUCGUUUCGAAACAAAAAAAGAUCUAACUUGGCAGCUGUGCAGCCUCUCCAAACUCCAGGAUCCUGGUUAUCUCAGAGAGAUGGACCGUUUAGUUUACCGGCUUCAAAAGCUCCUUCCUCUCCUCGGGUUGAAGAGCAUCCUUCAGGGACCUUUUCGGCAGAGAGCAAAGCUGAUGAUCAGGUCAACUUAGUCAUUUCAGAGAAGGCUCACAUACGCUUUUCUGUCAAAGAGGCUGCCUGUGUCGAUUCUGCCCUGGCCGCCCCUGAAACUGGCCUAUGUUCUGUAGGUGACAAGCAAAGGACAGGAGGAAUUGUGUUGGGAACACCCAAACGCAGCCCGGAUCCCACCUUGAAGGAGACUGAACUCUCACUGGAAGAGGUCAGGAGGGUGAGCAGUCCACCCACGGACACUAAAGAUUCUUUGGGUGUUCCCGUACAAAGCUUGCCGUUUCCCGUAGGGACAGAAGAAAGGACCUUCCCGCUAGAGGAGAAAAUAGAGAUACGAACGCCUUGGGUGAGUCUCCAAGAAUGUGCUUCAGAACGUGGCGGGACUCAAGCCAAAGAUCCCUCAAAAUCAACAGAAAAUCUUGAGCGGCAUGAAGAGAACAGGAGUUACGCUUGGCAAUUAUUUCCAAAAAGAAAUUCCCCAGAGAUCCUUUCCAGGUCUAUAACCUUGGCUUUUCGAGACAGCCGCCUGUCAGGCGCCCCUACUCCAUGCUUGCGAAGGGAAGGCAGGUGUUUGCAGGCUGCGGGAGCCAGCCGGGAGCCAGCAGGAGAGCAGAAGAAGCUGCUGCCGGAGAGUCCCUCAGGCAGCCACGCCACUGAGGCGCCGGUUAAGACGGGAGCUCCUGAAUUGGGAGGGGGUCCCAAACCCACAGCAAAGGCUCUGGAGCAGGAAGCGGAGCCGACGGCCACUCAGGCUGGAGCUGCGUGUGGUGGACUUAGUCAAUGGAACCGAACCGGAAGGAAGGUGGGAGCAAGAGGAUUCCUGAGGCGGACAAUCCUUGCCACGGGGCCCCUUUUCGGCAGCUCUUCCCUCAGGAGGAGGGUGAAACCUGGAGACCUUGGGCAUCAGGCCCUCCCGAGGAGGAGCCUAUGGAGCAGCCGUGGUAGUGGGACCCCGUCCGGCCCUUUAAGGGAACCAGGAAGGCCAAAGGGAUCCGCAGACUUUAUGGAGUUGAGGCCGAUGGAAGGAGGAAGCCCGAAGCUUGGCUUCAGGGAACCUCUCCGGCCAUCAGAGGAUAAGACUCGCCCUCUUCCAGUCUCCUGCGUGUUGUCAAAAUCGGUUGGUUUUAGCGGUGAAGGAAGCCGGCGUGCCUUUGAAAGUGCGUGCAGAAGGAAACCCACGCUUCUGUUCAGGAGGCACUCAGAGAGGGGUCCCGCGCUGGGCAAGUUCAAGGCUCCGAAAGAAGGGCGCCCACGGCCAAGUCCUGCUUCCCUCAAGAACCCCAGGCCUGGGAUCAAGCCCAUGGGCGCCCCUUGCUCUGCCACGGCACUGGCCGCGCCGAGAAGCGAGAGAGCCGUGACCUGGGACUGCGCCCCAAAGCCCCGAGGCAGCCGGAGCACCAGGCUGGACCCCUUCGGGCUCGGCCGACGGGCCAAAGACCCACCUCUCCUGCGGAAGCUCUCCAAGUUGGCCGAUAAAUUGCUGGUGCCCUCGAGAAAUCCUCGAAAGUUCAAGCCGCUCCUGCACUCGUCUGAGCUGCUUCCUAUGCCGGAAAAAUACAACCACCUUGGAAGCCAGAAGCUCCCAGAAAUGUUCUCCUGUGUCAGUAUCAAGUUAAACGCUCCGUGGAUGAACAGCAGUGGUGGCUGUUUCAGGAUGUUCCACUCUCAGCCGGUGGGCUUUUAUCCCAUCGAGUCCACCAAGGUGUGCUGCUUCUUCGGGCUGGACAGCAAAGCGCCGCUGGCCUUCUGCACUCCAGUCUUCCCCGUGUCCUUCCACAUACAAAUGGAUCCCAGCCCGACGAGGAACCUGCUGGGCAGCCCAGCCCUGCUGAGCAUCUCCCAGAGGGCGACUUCCAGGGAGGUCCCCACCUGGCAGGCGUCCGGAUGGACUUUCUCUUUCCUCCUGUCUCCGAGCUGCCUGAAUGUGGCACCCAUCCAGAAGGACGCCCAGUCCUCCUCUCUGAGUGCAAUCAAAGCCCUGGUGGGAGAUGCCAUCGCCCAGAACCUCCGUGGCCUCCAAACCGUCUUGGCUCUGCUUUCCCCGGGCUGCUCCCGGCUCUGGGCGAAGAAGCGACGCCUGGCUCGUCGGAGCCCGUGUCUCCCGAAGCCGAUGCUGCUGCCGUUUGCCCAGGAGGGCCUGAAGGGGUUUAGAAAAGGUUCCCCUUCCGGGCCAGCUGAUCUGUUCUCCUCGGUGCCCCCUUCCCUGGGCAGGGCGCUGAGCACAUGGAACCGGCAGGGUCUCUCCCCCGGCCCCUCCGAGCUCCCUCCUCUCCUCUCCACUUGCUACAAAUGGCAGCCAGUCCCGGCUGCUGCAGCCGCCAGCCUGAGCCUCAGGAACAGCUCUGCCACGUUGCCCCCACUACCUGACCAGUUCCUUGAAGCUUCGGCUGCUGUGACGGAGGAUGCCAGGUGGGAGCCUCCCUUUCCUGCGUUCUUGCCGACCCCUCGCCCAGUUGCAGAGCCGGCACCCUCUCGCCUUGGCCUUUCUGCACCCGAGUUUCAGGCCCAUCGCUUGGAUGAACUGGACGCUUCUGCCCCCAUGUUGCCUCGGAGAGAUUCUCCCCUCGAAAAAGCUGAAUCGGAGAAGAGGCCCAAGAGGGUGUCCCAGAUCCGCAUUCGGAAGACGAUUCCUAAGCCAGACCCCAACCUCACCCCCAUGGGGCUUCCCAGACCCAAAAGGUUAAAGAAAACAGAAUUCAGUUUGGAAGAAAUCUAUACCAACCAGAACUACAAGUCUCCCCCUCCGACCAGGUGCCUGGAAACCAUCUUUGAGGAGCCCAAGGAGAGGAACGGCUCUUUGGUCUCCAUCAGCCACCAGAAGAGGAAGCGGAUUUUGGAAUUCCAGGACUUCACCGUUCCCCGGAAGAGGAAAGUUCGCGGCAGAGUCAAAGUGACCGGGAGUUUCACCCGGGCCCAAAAAGCCGCCGUGGAGGGAAGAGAACUGGAUGUCCUCCUGAUUCAGAAACUGACAGACCUUGAAACGUUUUUUGCCAAGCAGGAGGAGCAGAGGGAUGCUCCUGGCAGUUGAGGUUAGGCCACAAGCUGGAGGUGGCGCCGAGCCUUCUGCUUCAGCCUUCCUCUUGCAGGGCCCCGAGUCUUCCCUUACUCGCCACUCAGCUCUGGCCUCUCAGUGACCCGGUCCUGCCUACAGACCUGUCCCAAUUAGGGGUGGUGGUGGGUCAUUAAGCUUUUCUCUUAAAACACUGGAGGAGAACCCUUCGCUCCCUCGAGCACAGGGCAACGGCUGUGUCUUCCUCCUCCAUUGUCACUGGAAACGUGUGUGGUUCUGAACAAAUCUCCAGGGAAGGCGGACAGGGCAGGUCACAGGCUAGAAGGGAGGCACCGGGAAAGAUAACAGGAGUUCAAGGACUCCCUGAUGUGGCAGGCUUGGAAUUGGCCUCGGCUGCGCUUCACUUUUAGGACCCCCUCCGGGCGCUGGGGUUCAGAAGUGGGGAAUGACGACUGGCAAGAUGGCACACCCGAGCAUAUGUAAUUCACAGGCAUCUCUUACUCGGGCGAAACCAAAACAGGUGCAGUGAUUCUGCCCUCUGUGAGCAGCAAGAGCCUCCUGGGGGACCCGAAGAGGAGUUGUUGCGCUUGGUGUCGCUGACGUGCUGCCUGGAGGGCCCCCCGAUCCCCAUGCAUUGGAUGGGGUGCAGGAAGAUGGGGUCCAGGUUGCCUAGGAAAUGACAUUUUAACCAUUUUAAGUUUCCCCGGCUCUGGGGCGGGGGAAAGGAGCGAGGAGGGAAAGAGUCCCUGUUGAGCCUUCUCCUGCCUCGUUCUCCACUGUGUUCCUUUGAGUGGUAUGGAAGGAUCGUGUAGGUGCCCAAGGGAGGGGGGGAAAUACGCAUAAGAGAAGACAGCCGUUCUCCCAGAAUUGGUGACCCACCAGACUGGAUUGUUCCACCCCACCCUAGGGGCACCAUCCCCCCCUCCCCAACUCCACCCCUGAUCAUCAUCUCUCCCUUCAGGUUCUGACCUGAGCAUUGCACAUGCGGGGCCAAGCAUUUACCUAGCUGGUUGAGUUGAACCAGUUAAGAAUAAGCAAAUCUGUAAAGUGUGGAUGGCCGGACACUAUGGGGUCUCGGCACGUGGAAGUUGGGAAGCAGCCAGGAGUGGUCGGUGGCUGUGCUUCUCAGGAAAUGUGAUUCACACCCACGCCCCGCCCUAGGGAUGCUGCUGUGCUCUGGGGUACUCUGUGAAGUCUCUGACUUCCGUGAAGGUUUUCCCGUGGCAAACAGCAGCUGCUGAGCUGUCUGCAGUGCCUAGGAUUUGGGCCAGCAUUAAUGGCUGAAUGGCUCAAAGUUCGUUUCCUCUCCCCCCGCCCUGUUCUAUAAAAUGUGCACUUUCUCUACCCCUGCCCACCCCACCCACCAUGGAUACCUCCAGAACUUGCAUAGCUCUAGAAUCCAGGAAAUAGCCGGUGACGGGAACCGAGGCCAACCCCAGGAGCGGAAGGGUGCCCUGUCCCACUUUCUUCUCCGCCGUUCCUGGGAGUGGUUCAGGAAGGAAGCGGCCUUCCGCACGGCCAUCUAGGGGGGCCGAAGGGCAGGGCCACGCAUGUGCCUAAAAGGACAGGUGGAUUUCAUUUCCCUCCCUCGUUGCUUGGAUGAUCUUCUCCCAGUGUGAUAAAAAUGAACAUUGUGAAUUGUCUUUAGUUGUUGAGACCCCGCGGGCCGUUUUGUCUGUGAUUGUCUGAUAUGACGCGUUUGUGACUGCAUGCAGAUCAGUGGAUACCUGAGACUGUCAACCGAUACCUUGGUCACAACAGGAGGUCCGAAAGUAACGUUUUGAAUGACCGAAGUUGACUCGUCAUUAGAAAUACAUUCAAAAUCCUUUCAUCCCAUAGUGGGGCUUCGGACACACCACACUAGGACCGAUUCCGACGCAGAAUUCCCCGAUUCGAUUGUUGAGUUGAUGUUCGAGUGGUGCUAGGCGGGAUGAAUGCGUCCAACUUCGGCUCAUCUGCCACGGUGAAGUUUUGAAAUGUCUGCCGGUAUGUUUCAUGCGUGUGCUUUUUGUUGCCGUUCUUGCUGCUGUCAACUUCCUUUUGCAGUGACAUUUCUGUCAAGGGGUUCCUUCGGAGGGUGCCCGCAAGGACCGACAGGUCAGAAAACUGUGUUGCCAUUCACUAGAGAGAGAAGGAGUCACAGGGCAGGAUCCGUGUGAACCCCCCAUCAAGAGAGGAGGUCCCGCACCACGAUGCUGCUGAAAGGGGGGGCAGUCUCUUUCCCUGGGCUGUCCUGGCCCUCAGACCCCUCAUUUUCCAUCUGUGUGUGCUUCUGCUGACUGUCCUCUAGGACCCACGGACCAAGGGGGAGCAGCAGCAGCAACUGUGACGAUGGAGCUGCUGCUGCUGCUGGCGGCAUCCUAAAUCUUCCCCUCUCCGCGCCUCAGAGAGAGAGGCCGAGGAGGCUCCUUGGGAAGGUCUGCCUUCCGACAGGACUCUUUGAGGCUUGCAGUACAAUCAUGGAAAAGAUUCUAGCCGGUCCCCCCUCAGGAAAAAGCCAAGCCGUCUCGGGUGUCCUUCCAGGGGCGACAGGGCUCCAAAGAGCAGUCCGAUCUGCUUUGGGAAAGUUGUGCCUCCCUGAAUGAAGUCCUGAGUAAUUGUUUUUUUAAAAAAAGACUCAUUCCAGUGCCCAGUGGCAAGGGCAUCGUAAGGAAGGGUGCUCUCCCAGAUGGUCACUGGUCAGAUCUUGAGUCCGUGUCAAGCUUUUCUGGCUUAUCUUAACCUUUUGGAUGGAGCUGCGGCUACUUGUGUGGUUUGUCGCCCAAAACAGCUGGUAAGAAAAGCUUGUUUUUAAGCCUUUCAUCUCAAUAAAAAUCAAAUGGAAAUUUGCACACUUUUAUAGGAGCUCCCGCUUGUCAUACCAUCCUCGUGUGUUGUUUUUGGUUGUUGUUUUUUUAAAUUCCACUUAAGCCUGAAUUUUAAAUUUCACCUUUUUUUCCUUUAAGUUAUGGAAAUAAACAAAA